GUCAUGUUGUCCGCGCGGCUGGAGACCUGCCCGCGUGUCACCUUCAGCGGAGCUGGAUCUGUAACGACUCCGGCUCGAGGACCCGAGGCCGGGAUGGGCGGGGAGGCGUGUCCUCACAAGCUGGGAACGACCAAUCAUCUUCGACUUCUCCGCUACAUCCUGAUUCCCACUGUGAGCCUGCUGGCCGGUCUGCUGCUGCUCGUCCUGGCCCUCACUGGUAUAUUUGGCAGCAACCUCUUGCACUCCAGCCCCCUCCCCUCCCCCGAGCCCAUUGCCGACAGUGACCGUGGUUACCAUGGCAAGAGCACAAACCUCUCCUCCGUCCCUGAGACGGAAAACGUCACGGAUUCGUCGCGAAACCGCAGCGACGAUGACAUCACAUACGGCCAUAAACACGGCGUGGGCACGCCUUCUGCUUCCACCAGCGUACACACAGGCUCCUCCUCCUCACAGGCCACGCCCACCCAGUCCUACACAAAGCCUCCUGAAUGGCUGACCUCUGUGACGUCACUGAGCACCACCUGGCCGAUCAGCACCACCCCAGCGUCUGACUCAGGAGGCUGUCAUCUGAUUGUGGAGCCUCUGUGUCACAUGUUACCCUACAACCAAUCAUGGCUGUCCUCCUCCUUCACCACGGUCGGGGGCUCAGAGGUCGACAUGUUGCUAAGGUUCUUCAGCUACCUCAGCAGACUGUCCUGCUACAGACACAUCAUGCUCUUCGGCUGCUUGGUGGCGCUGCCCGAGUGUAUCGCCGCUGACGGCAUACACAGCAGGCGGGUUGUGCAGCCCUGCGCGUCGUUCUGCGAGGCGGCGAGGGAAGGCUGUGAGCCCUUCCUCCAGAUGUUCAACACCUCAUGGCCUGAAUUCCUGCAUUGCUCGCAAUUCAGCAGCCUGAACCCUGCUUUGUCACCACCAUCAUCAUCAUCAUCAUCAACGCCAUCAACACCUUCAACGCCAUCUACGCCAUCAACGCCAUCAACACCAUCAGUGCUGUCAUUGUCCAUGGCAACAGCAGGCCCCGCCCUUUCCGCCUGCUACACACCAAGACAGAUCAAAGGGAAACCCUCUUUGUGCGGCGGGAAGGACCACUUUCUGUGCGUGACGGGGAUUUGCAUCCCUCAGAAACUGGUGUGUAACGGGUACAACGACUGUGACGACUGGAGCGACGAAACACACUGCGUGUGUACAAAUGAGAAGUUUCGGUGCAACACCGGCCGGUGUCUCUCGCCCGAUCUGGUGUGUGACGGUUAUGACGACUGUGGAGACCUGAGCGACGAACUCAACUGUGUGUGUGAUCUGUCUCGUGAACAUCGUUGUGGUGACGGCCGCUGUGUGUCCAGAGACUGGCUGUGUGACGGAGACCACGACUGUCUGGACAAGAGCGACGAGCUCAACUGCUCCUGUAAGAGCCAGGGUCUGUUGGAGUGCAGGAACGGUCAGUGUAUUCCUUCUGCGUUUCGCUGUGAUGGAGAGGACGACUGUAAAGACGGCAGCGAUGAAGAACACUGCAGCAGAGAUCAGAAUCAGGGUACGUGUGUUCCCGGUCAGCCCAGCUGUAUCUCCACUUCCUGUCCGUCAGUGUGUGCGGGGGGCACCGCCGCCUGUGACCCCCGAAACAACAACAACAACAACUGCACUCGCUGUGAGCCCAUCACCCUGGAGCUCUGUAUGAACCUGCCCUACAACCUGACCAGCUUCCCCAACUACCUGGGUCAUCAUUCCCAGCGAGAGAGCGCCGUGUCCUGGGAGUCCUCUCUGUUCCCCGCCCUGGUCCAGACCGGCUGCUACCAGUACCUCAUGUUCUACGCCUGCACACUGCUGGUACCAAAGUGCGACCCGGUCACCUUGCAGAGGGUCCCGCCCUGCAGGUCGCUGUGUCGUAAUGCGAAGCGGAAGUGUGAGUCGGUUCUAGGCCUUGUGGGACUGCAGUGGCCCGAGGACUCAGACUGUAGUCAGUUUCCAGAGGAGGGAGGCAACACAACCUGCCUGCUGGCCGAGGAAGGAGUCGACGAGUGCUCCCCCAGCCACUUCAAGUGCCGGUCGGGUCGCUGCGUCCUGGCGACCAAACGCUGUGACGAACACCUGGACUGUGACGACCACAGCGACGAGGACAACUGUGGCUGUUCUGAGCGCGGUCUGUGGGAGUGUCCUGGCAGUAAGGUGUGUAUUAAAGCCAGUAUGAUCUGUGACGGAUUCCCAGACUGCCCCAUGCUGGCGGACGAGGCCAACUGCACGGUGUGCAGGGACAACGAGCUGUCCUGUAACAACCAUGAGUGUGUUCAUCGGACUCUGUGGUGUGAUGGAAAGAAACACUGUUCGGACAGCUCUGAUGAAUGGAACUGUGUGUCUCUAUCCGAUCAAUCGGGUUCUGUACUGACGGUGCUCAGGACGGCAGCAGAGUAUCAGAUCUGUGCAGACGAGUGGAACCACGAUCUGAGCAAACUGACCUGCAGCCAGCUGGGACUAGGAGUUCCCUCCUCUGUUUCCAUGGUACCUGACCAGCCUGGAGUCCCGGGCCGCCGCCGUUGGUUACAUGUCCAUCCUGAGUGGAACCUGAGGAACGGAUCUGCUCUGCAGGCCCGACUGGAGAAGAGAAGUCAUGCGUGUCAUUCCAGGAGGAGAGUAUCAGUGCUGUGUACGAGAGAAGAGUGUGGUCUGCGCCCUGCAGUGGGCAUCUACCCCCAUAGGAAGAAGAGAAUUCUGGGAGGACGGGUGUCCCGGCGGGGUGCGUGGCCGUGGCAGUGCUCGCUGCAGAGCGGUCAGGGCGGUCAUGUCUGCGGCUGCGUCCUCAUCGCCCGGAGAUGGGCUUUGACUGUCGCACACUGCUUCGAAGGGAGAGAGAGUUCAGAGCUGUGGAAGGUGGUGUUAGGGCUGAACAACCUGGACCAUCCAGGUGUGCACAGUCAGAGUCGCAAAGUGCGCUCCAUCAUCGUUCACCCGCGCUACAACCGGGCGGUGGUCGACUACGACAUCAGUGUGGUGCAGCUGGAAUCUGAGAUUGAGGAGACAAAUUUCGUCAGGCCGGUGUGUCUACCUGAGCUUGGCCAGCUCCCUUCGCCUGAUUCCUACUGUUACAUCACAGGCUGGGGUCACAUGGGCAACAGGAUUCCCUUUAAGCUGCAGGAAGGGGAGGUUCGAAUCAUCUCGCUGUCUCAGUGUCAGUCUUACUUUGACAUUAAGACCAUCACUCCCAGGAUGCUUUGCGCUGGUUACGAUGCUGGGACCGUCGACUCCUGCAUGGGUGACAGCGGCGGUCCGUUGGUGUGUGAGGAGGACGGAGGUCACUGGACCUUGUUUGGCCUGACAUCUUGGGGCAGCGUGUGCUUCAGUAAAGUGCUCGGACCCGGAGUGUACAGCAACGUGACACAUUUCACCCCCUGGAUCCAACAGCAGAUCUACAUCCACACAUACCUGAGCGACUGACACACACACUCAACACUUCCUGUCUUCAGCAUUCCAGGAGGAAGUAAUGUCAUUGUCAAUCACACACACAAACACACACACACACACACACACACACACACACCUUCAGUUCCUCUACCUGUGCCUAUAUCAAUACUGAUAGCCUUCAGAUGCUAACUGCUGUUUUAGCAGUGGUAUAAACUCAUAUUGCAGAUGCUAACUAGGUAGCUAGUAGAGCUGUUGUUGUCAACUACUAGACUUUGCAUUCAUAAUCAAUUAACAUUCACUUAACACUCUUAUUUUUUUAUUGCUCUACAUAGAAUAUGAAUAAGAAUAUGAAUCUAAAAAACUUUGUUUUCAAAGUUCAAUCACUACUGAAUAUUCAAAUUUAAAUACCAAUGUGUUUGUAGCAUCU